GGGACUAGUAAAGCGCUAUACAAAUACAGGCCAUUUACCAUUUACCAUGUAUCCUCUGUGGAGGUCAUCAAGAGCACCAAAUUCUUUGGAUUCCACCUGGCGGAGAACCUCUCCUGGUCCCUCAACACCACCUCCAUAACUAAAAACACCCAACAGCAUCUCUACUUACCACAGAGACUGAGGGAAGCCCAUCUCUCACCGUCCAUUCUCACUACCUUCUACGGAGGGAAUAUUGAGAGUGUCCUGAGCAGCCGCAUCACUGUCUGGUAAGGUAACUGCACCGCAUCUGAUCGCAAUACCGUAGAACUGAUAGUGAGAACAGCUGAGAACAUAAUUGGAGCAUCUCCAUCCCAGACCCUUAAUGAAACCCACUGAAUCCGCAACCCACCAGCAUUGUGGAUAACCCCACACACCCCUAACACACACUCUUCACCCCACUGCCUUCUGGCAAGUGCAACGGGAACAUUCGGGCCCUCACUACCAGACUGCGAAAUAGUUUAGUCACCCAGGCCAUCAGACUCCUGAACACUCAGUGGCUGUACUCACACAAACAUUCACGCAUACUUUCAUAUGUUAUAUGUCAAAUGUAGCACCAUGGUCUUGGAGGGACACUGUCUUGUUUCACUGUGAAGACAUGGUUGGAAUGAAAAUAAAGCCACUUGACUUGACACUAAUGCCACCUGGCACUGGACCAUCCACUGGACCAGAUCUGGGGCACCCUUUUGGUUGUGACCAAUUAAAGGACUGGUCAAAGCCAGGAAUGAAAAAGCAGUAGUAACAACUAGCCCCAAGAACGACCUCAUCUCCCUUUUCUUUUUUUUUCUUUUUUUUUAGCUUUGGCACACAGGCAGGAUGCAAUGGCUGCUGUUUUAUCCAUCCAGGUGCGCAGCAGCAUGUGAAGCACGUGAAUAUAGCACCCUGUUCACGAGGUGCAGGAAUGUUCAGGGCUCUGAAGAAACUGAACAGAUGUGUGGCAAAUUGAUCUGAACCACAGGGAGGCCAUUUUUGACAUAGAAUUCUGCCAUAAUCCCUUGUUUAAGUCUUGAAAACCCAAGCAGUGCCUAACUGAUCAUGUCAAUAUGGACUAAAACAUUCAGAAGAAUGUUUCCUGAACCAUUAACCACAAAGAUUAAAACUGCUCUUGAGGCAAAAAUUGGUCCAAGAUGACACUAUCAAGAUUUAAAGUACCAAAUAAAGCAGUCACUGUAUAUGAUAAAUUUAAAUGAUUUCAAAUUGAGUGAUUGUUUUUUAACUUUUCAUUUUUUCAAUCACAAUAUUUUCAGUCGUAGUGUUACUAAGACUAAGACUAACACUUUCUUCUCUUUUGCAAAAAUGGACUAAAAAAAAAAACUUUCAGUAUUUUCCUCACUAUUAUUUUUUGCUAGUAUUUGUAACACAAAAGCAAAUUCUAUAUCUUUUCAAGCCUGUUUUUGUGGGGCAUAUACAUCUGUUUCUCUUAUCAAAUAGCAUCACCACUGAGUACACUUCAGUGACAAAGAUUAAAUAAAUGUUGAAAUGUUACACUACUGUUAAAGUGAUGUUUUUAUUGCUUAUUGCCACCAGAGCAACACAUUUUAAGCAGAUAUGGCAAAUAUUACAAUUGAACACAUUCUCUACCUUUUGAGUAUACCUGAAUUACAAUGCUGAGCAGAUACAUUUAAAAACGAAUGUUUAAAUAUCAGAGUACCUUUACUUUAUGUAUAGUAACAUUUACUGUUACUGACUGAAAAUAUCUUCAGUGUCUCUGGUGAUUCCCUGAGUGGGCGGAGGACCCCUAGAAGAGGUUUCAAAUGUUCACUAUCCCAGCAGCGUCCACCAAAUUGAGCACAGGAAACAAGAACUAGUCUAAAAGCUGCAUCAAACACAGCAUUAGUCUGAACUGGUUUGUUGUUCCGCCCACUGACAGUAAACUGAAACAGUGAGGCUUGACUUGAUGCAAAAGACACUCAGCUUCUUUAGAAUGACUUUUGUAAUACUAGAUAAUUGCAUUCAGACAAUAAACUAAUUAAAAUUAAAAUAUUUUUAUCAGCACAGAGACACCCCUGUUCAUUUCAGUUAAGCUUCAGUCUUCUGUAUACAGCAAGACGACAUGGAGGUCAGUGCUCUCUGCAUCAGACUGUUGAUGAGCAUCAUGACUCUGCUGUUUGUACAGGAUCAGAAAGUUGAUGCAGUUUCUCUUCGCAUCGUUCCAAACAGAUUGCAGUUCUUUGAAUAUGAAUCACUAACAUUUCACUGUGAAGGAGUCAAAUAUUGUGACGUUGUGCAUAAAUUCAGAGGGAAAAUAAAAUCAUGUAGUGAAGUUACUGAGACAAGACCAACAGGAUCAUCCUGCCGUGUUAAAAUUGUUUAUACAGACAACAAUGGAGAGUACUGGUAUGAGCCUGAAGCAGGGAGAAGGAGUAAUAUUAUCAACCUCUCUGUUACUGCUGGUCCUGUGAUCCUGGAGAGUCCUGCUGUUCCUCUGUUAAUGGAAGAAACGGUGACUCUGAGCUGCAGAAUGAAAAAUCCUUCCACCAACUUCAAAGCUGAUUUCUACAAAAAUGGACGUCUCAUCCAUAGAAGCUUCACAGGAAACAUGACCAUCCACAGGAUUUUCAAAUCAGAUGAAGGAUUUUACAAGUGUAAAAUCUCAGGAGUUGGAGAAUCACCAGAGAGCUGGCUGAAAGUCACAGACAAUAACGUGUGCCAUUCCUCAUCUGCUGCCACACCUUGCAUCAUUACCACCAUUUUAGUCAGUGCUCUGUUGGUGGCAGUGGGACUGCAUCACUUUGGCAAAGGUUACUGGAAGAGAGAGUCCGGCACAGUGGAUGCAGACAGAGAAAUAUAUGCUGCUGUAAGAAAGACAGGAGAUGAAGAUACAUUGCCCUCUAAACCUCGUUGCCACAGCGUAGGCCUUGGUGAUACUCAACCACAAGCAGAAGCUGGAACCAGCACAGAGAUGUACUCAGCAGGUCCCUGCAAACCCAAAGCAGAGGAUCCCCUCAAUUCCACUAAACCACAGGUUGCUGAGAGAGCGCCGCCUGAAAAAAUAGUCACAUCUGAAUGAGACCAAAAACAAAGAAGCAUUUUCACAUAUUGGUUUUGUUACUAAGAAAGUUGUACAUUAUCAUCUUAGUUUGGUGUUCAAGUCCAUAAACUGCUUUAGCUUAUUUUCUUGUUCAAUCAGAUCCGGCUAGUUACCUUUCCCAUGUUGUUACAACUAGAUCUAAAGUUUGAAUACAAGCAAAGGCACCUGCCUGAUAAUUAGAAGUUCAUCUUUAACCAACGUGGUCGAUCUUCUUUCCGUUUUUAGACAUGUAUGAAUGCUGUUACAAUAAAAGAGGUACUGCAGCUUUUAAAA